CGCAGCUCCGCCAGUUUCUCUGGAUGGAAUGGGGCUCGCGAGAAACUAGCAGUAAGAUUUGAAUUGAUUUGAACUGUUUGCAGAAUAUAAACGCAACUUGUCUCAGAAUUGAAGAGGGAUCGGGGUGAAAUGAAACGCGAUGUCCGGAUACUGCUGCUGGGGGAGCCCAAAGUGGGCAAAACCUCUCUCAUCAUGUCUUUGGUUGGAGAGGAGUUUCCCGAGCAGGUUCCCCUCCGUGCAGAGGAGAUCACCAUACCUGCUGAUGUCACACCUGAGAAAGUGCCCACACACAUAGUGGAUUAUUCAGAAACUGAGCAGACUGAUGAAGUGUUGCGGGAGGAGAUCGUAAAGGCCAAUGUUGUGUGUGUGGUCUAUGAUGUAACACAAGAAGAAACCAUCGACAAGAUCAGGACUAAGUGGAUCCCGCUGGUUAAUGAAGGCGCAGAAAAAGGCAGCAAGAUUCCCAUCAUCCUUGUGGGCAAUAAGUCUGACCUGCGUUCUGGAAGCUCCAUGGAAACCAUCCUGCCCAUCAUGAACCAGUUUUCUGAGAUCGAGACCUGUGUAGAGUGCUCGGCUAAGAAUCUGAAGAAUAUUUCCGAGCUCUUCUAUUAUGCCCAGAAGGCCGUUCUACACCCGACUGCUCCACUCUACGACCCUGAGGACAAACAGCUGAAGCCGCAGUGUGUCCGAGCUCUCAGUCGGAUCUUUAGUAUCUCAGAUCAGGACAAUGAUCACAUACUCAGUGAUGCUGAACUCAACUGUUUUCAGAAACUGUGUUUUGGGAAUCCACUGGCUCCUCAGGCUCUAGAGGAUGUUAAAACAGUUGUGUGGAAGAACACUAGUGAAGGAGUCCAGGACAAUGGACUCACGCUAAACGGGUUCCUGUUCUUGAACACACUCUUCAUUCAGAGAGGACGUCAUGAGACCACCUGGACCAUCCUGCGUAGAUUUGGUUACGAUGACACAAUGGAGCUUACCGAUGAUUUCCUGUACCCACCGUUACGUGUUCCUGUCGGUUGUACGACAGAGUUGAAUCAUCUGGGUCAACAGUUCCUGCAAAGGCUCUUUGAUAAAUAUGAUGAGGAUAAAGAUUCUGCUCUCUCUCCUGAUGAGCUCAAAAAUCUGUUUGGUGUUUUACCCUACAUGCCCUGGGGUCCGGCAGUGUACAGUAAUGUCCCCCUAACAGAGGAGAGCUACAUCUCCCAACACGGCUACUUCUGCCAAUGGAUGUUAUCUGCUUAUUUGGACGUCCACCGAUGUCUGGAGCAUCUGGGCUAUCUUGGCUACCCAAUACUAAUGGAGCAAGAAUCUCAGACCUCUGCCAUCACAGUAUCGAGAGAAAAGGGGAUAGACCUGGACAAAAGACAGACCCAACGCAACGUGUUCCUCUGUAAAGUGAUCGGUCCCCGCGGAACGGGAAAGACAGACUUCCUUCAGGCUUUCCUGAAGCGGAGCGUUGUGAGAAAGGAACGUAAUCCUGGUCCUCCAUCAGUGUACGCCAUCAACACAGCCUCAGUAGCCAAUCAGGAGAAGUAUCUCAUCCUGGAGGAGGUGGACGUGGAAACAGAGUUUUUAAAAGCAGCGGAUGCGGCGUGUGACGUGGCGUGUCUGAUGUAUGAUGUCAGUGACCCCGAAUCAUUCAACUACUGUGCUAGUAUAUAUAAGCAACACUACAUGGACAGCGGGAUCCCGUGUGUGGUGCUCAGCUCUAAAGCCGAUCUAGUAGAAGUGAAACAGCAUCAUGGCAUGAGCCCGUCCGAAUUCUGUUACAAACAUCGUCUGCCUUCACCUCUUCACUUCUCAGCGCUGCUUUCAAACACACACACAAAUAUCUACAACAAACUCGCCUGGGCCGCCAUGUACCCACACCUGAAUGGAUCAGACAUGAACAGCACUUCCUUCUGGUUGCGUGUGACUUUGGGUGCCACAAUAGCAGCCAUGUUGGGCUUUGCUCUCUACCGAGCCUUCAGCCGGCACAAAUAAUGACACGUACAGAUAAACACACACUCCCUCGUUUCCUUACUGAGUCAUUUGUGGCUCAACUGGUACAUUAAGUCGAAAACGUCACAGUGAUAAACCAGCAGUAUAAAGAUUUUUUUAAGUUGGACUGUAGUAUCACACACAUACAGUACGUGUACACAUACUCGAAACGUAAGGGCAAAUUGAUAAGGUUUUACUAUGAGGCCUGAAUCAUUAAAACGUGGAAGUGUCUGACCUCCAGGGACAUUUUUCCAAAUUCAUGUCAUAGCCACACAUGUGCUGUAAGUGAUAUUAAGAAAUGAUUUGAUAGGUGUAUGUUUUUUUUUAAUUGCACUUGAAAUGUAUUUUAGAGAUUGAGAAAUAAGUAUGGAUCAAGAGUACAGUAUAUUCCAUGGGAAUUAAUUCAAACUAGUAUUUUGUUUAUGAACCAUGUGUUUGGACACUUCUCAGUGCUGGAGUCACUUAUUGUGUUUUGUCUUGGCCAAUGCAAGUAAUACUCAAGUUUAACUAGGAUUUCAGAUUUACCAGUUUGAAUCUUUUAGAAAUUAAAGGAAUAUUCAGGGUUGCGCUUUAUUGAUAGGGGUUGUCCCAUGCUGUCUAUUUCCACAAAAUAAAAUAGAGCUUUCAAUUUAGCCAGGAAUAUUUCUUUAAUGGGUUAAGCAACAUUUAGCCAUUCUUCUAAAGUGUCUGAAUUAAAACAGAAUAAACUGGGACCCCCUUCUCAAUUCCAGCCCAUCAGAUGGACUUCAAUAUUUAUGGACUAUGACUAGAGCUGUCACGAUUAUUAAAUAAUCGUCUCAUCGCGAUUGUUUGACCUCAUCGCGAUGGUUUCAGAUCAUCGCAAUUAUCGCACAUCUCUAUAGAAGACACUUGGGGGAGCUGUAGUGCAUCUGCAUAUUGCAUAUUUUAGUGUAUAUAUUGUAACUAAAGCAUGGUAAUACUUGUAAAAUGUACCACCACAACACAAUCACUUUAAAAAAAAGUUAAUGCGUAUACCAUAAAAAUAACCUGCAGUACAAUUUAAUGUUAUUUCAGUGUGAAAACCAGUCUACCAAAAUCUCAUUAACAUAGAAGUGAACUUUUAUUGUAGUCUUGCAAGUGAGAAAAAAACAGACUAGAAGCUUUUCUAUGACUGAUAGCAUUUUAAUGGUGGCUUCAAUUCACUCCUGAUCAAUUUACUUUAUUUACAAGUAUUUGGCGGUUGUAUUAUUGACAGGUAAACGCCUUAACCUUAAGUAUGAUGACCCAAUUUUUUCCUAUGUAUUUCCAAGAAAAAGAACAUGGUCUUUAUAUUCAGAACAAUAUGGUCGUUUCAAAGCUGAAUAAAAAAUGUAUGAGAAUUAAAAGUCAAAGCUCUAAAACAGACAAUUAAUCGUCAUAAUCGCAAUGAUUUAUUAGACAAUUAAUCGUCAGCCAAAUUUCAUAAUCGUGACAGCCCUAACUAUGACUUUAAAAUUGCGCAAAUGUGUUUAUUUUUAUGGCAGAAGAGUCAAAGCCUGCUGUUGAAUUUGGGAUUUAAACUUGAGUCGAUAGUGUUCGAGUCAACUGUUGCUUUGGUUUUUUGCUUGAAUUGUUUGUAGAGGUGAUUGAUUCAUGAUUAAAACUACAUUCGAGAUAGGCGGUAUAAUAAAUGUAUUUUAAAUUAUAUUUUAAGAAGAAUAAAUGCUCUGAUCCUAAAUGCUUUCAAGAAACCUGGCCCAGUUUAGAACCAUUCUAUUGUUACAGCAACCGGAUUUGGAAAAAACGUAAGCUUUUUGUUUUGUUGUUUAUGUUUGAUUUUCAUGAUAUCAGUUUCAUUGUUCAGUAUUAAAACAUUAUGUGAUCACUUCUGUACGUGAUGUUGGGCCCAACUGUACAAUACUGCAGGCUUCUCUCUGCUUGACCUCGAUGGUCUUCCAUCUUAAAUAUUACAUGAGAUGCUUGAAAUGAAGCCAACGUGUUGUAAUAGAAAUAUUUUGUAAUAAACUAGCUUUUUUCUUCUGA